AUGAAUGCUUUUUGUGGCUAUGACUCUGCUCUCUUUGGUACAGAAUUCCAAAAAAAUAGCUCAGACUGCUAUUCAGACUGCAUUUCAAUUGACGGAUGCGACCCAAAAAUUCUUGGCGAUGGAAUUUGCCAUGAUACUUGCAACACGCAAAGCUGUGGCUUUGACUGAGGAGACUGUGGAAAUUGUGGGUUCUCCUGCUUCAUUGACUUGCAAGUCGGAAAUGAAAAUAAAAUUUGUGAUCCAAACUGUGAUUGUGCUUCCUACAUAUACAUUAAAAUGGCGACAGCGAACCCAGCCCUUUUUCUCAACAUCUUAGUCUGCGUUCGCGGAAGGGAAAUAGGCGUUCAGUGUGUCUAUCCGGCUAGGUUUUUCAUUGGCAAAGUGGAGCGCAACAUCGAACUAGGUCGACCGCAGCUCAUUCUGACAUCAGGGUUUUUGCUUCAGGGAAAUGGAUUUCCAAGGUUUAAAAGGGGAAGCUCAGCAGCACCAAAGAUGCAUGCUGGUCCAUCGGGCAACUCCCUAGCGUGAAGUUGGGUGUCAAGUCCAGAAAUUUUGUUUUUCGAAUUUUCGGAAUGGGCAACCUCUGUUGCGUACUGCUGAGUGGUGUAACUUGUCCAACUACGGGUAGUGAGCGCACAUCCUCGUCCUGAUCGAUUGGCGGUGAGCAGCCGGUUGAAGUAUCAAGGUUAAGAUAGACUGAGGAAAUCUUGGGUAUUACGACGGGCCUCUUAAUAAUAUACUUAAUGUUAAUGAUUGUGCUUCCUGCUACUAUGGACUAGGAGCUUGUAAAGAGUGCUCUAUAGGAUGCACUGCCGAAAUGAUGGGUAAUGGAGUUUGCGACAUUGAAUGCCAAAAUUCCCAAUGCAAUUUUGACUUACUCCCCCUCCAUGAGCGAACAAAACCAUUGGGAGAAUCCCUAUUUUUUGGCCCAAAAACACCCUCCGUGAGAGAACAAAAUUUUUUUUUAAUAUACAAAUUUUUGAUAUAUAAAUGAUUAUUAGUAUAAUGAAAAUGCUAGCUAAAUCUAUUUCAUUUAAAACAGCUUGAGCGUUUUAAAACGUAAAUUUUACAAAUUAAAUUAAUUUUACUUCUCAAUUACAAUUUGGAAUUUUGUUUAAAAAAUUAGCCUCCCUCAGUGAGUGAACAAUUUUUUUUUUCACUUACGGAGGGGAGUUAGGAGAUUGCUUUAACACCACUUGUGCUUCAGGAUGCUAUCUAUGAAUGAUAGGAAACUUGAUUUGCGAAGAAGCUUGUCGCGUAGAAGAGUGCAGCUAUGACGAGUAUGAUUGCGAUUGCUCUCCAGGCUGCUUUGAACACAUGCUCGGAGACGGAAAGUGUGAUGAAGUUUGCAACAACUGGAAUUGCACGCUUGAUAGUCACGAUUGUGGAGCCUGCGCCAGUGGGUGCUAUCCAGAAAUGCUGGGCAAUACUAAAUGUGAUACAGAAUGCAACAACUACGACUGCUAUUAUGAUUACCAAGAUUGCCAAUGCGCUGAAGGCUGCACAUACUUAGACUAUGGAAAGUGUAAGCCAGAAUGUUUGGUCGCUUCAUGCAAUUAUGAUAAAGUUCUCCAAUUCCAAGAUCUAUGAUGUACAAACAUUUCUCUGGCAAUCUUUUCUUCAUACCAGCAGAAUAUUCGUAAAAAUUAUACAUAUGUCGCUCAUUUGGAAGACUGCUACGCUGCAUCAGAAUACAAAUGCACAAUUGAUAAAGCUUUUGAUUUGAUUAACUGCUACCCUGAGUGCGAUAUAAUCGAGUGUAAUUAUGCAAAUGGUAAUUGCAACCAUAAUAAUGCUCUAGAUCUUGGGUGUGUUAGAUUCUAUGGGGAUGGUGAUUUAGGCCAGUGCUUUGCGUGCACGAACUCUUUUGUAGGAGGCUACGUUUUAUUAAAUGGAGUUUGUGUUAAUUAUGAAGAGCAUUCUUCCAAAUGUUCCUUCAAAUUCCCAGAUAGCUCUUUCGUUCAAUGGGAAUAUCGAGAUACUACAAGCAUAAGCAAUCCUUAUAUUUACUUCGUAACUGCAACUCCAAAUGAUCUAUUAUUCGUUGGCGAUGGGACUUUUAAUUGACCAUUUCAGUACUUUUCAUUUGCCUUGUCAUCGAAUAGUUAUAACUACAUUGUCAUUUACCUUUUAGAUGAUGGACACUAUUCUAAAUUGCAUUCAGGAAGUUAUAAAGAUGUCCGUUAUUGUCACUCUAAUCGCGACUACUUCAUACCAAAAUACUUGAAAAUCGAUUCUUGAACAGGCAAACCUGCUAUUAUUGAAAAUUUGUGUUAUCUAUGAAUAGAAAUUAGCUAUAUAUACAUACAAAAUCAACUUCUUGAGCUUUCAAAUAUUAUUUUCGACGGGAGCUGCUCAUUAGAAGGCUGUUCAGGACCAUAUUGCGAUUACUGCCCCUUUAUCAUAUAUAAAGAAGGAAUCAGUUUAAAUGACAGAGGAGAAAUAGUUAGCGAUUUUAUGCCCUCUAAUUACUGUGAGGAUGAUCAAAGUUGGCCGUUCUUCCUUCUUAUUGAAAAUUCGAAUGCUUUUUUAACAAAUGUUAGCUUUGUCAAUUUUAGAAGCGGCUUGAGGGGUAUUAUAAGUUACUUUGAUAAUUCAAAUAUCACAUUGAAAAAUGUUACUUUUGAUAAUAUCAUUCUUUCACAUAGUGAGGAAUCAGCUGUAAUUGUAUGCGGUAUUAAAUAUAUAACUUGCCCGAGGAUGGUGCUAUUUUGCGCCAUCCUCGGGAAAUCCAAAAAUGGCCCCACACGGGAAUUGAACCCACGUGUGGAGCCAUUUUUGGUACGUGGAAGUCAAGAUUCUCCACAUUCCAAAAAUGGCUCCACAUGUGGGUUCAAUUCCGGUGUGGGGCCUGUUUUUUGGAUUGCCCGAGGAUGGUGCAAAAUAGCGCCAUCCUCGGCAAGCUCUAUAUUUAUUUUCUUAUAGUGAAUCUCCUUGCGGGAAUUUUUCUUAUAGUGAAGGGACUGUCUCGAGGAUCGGCAAUGGCUAUGAACUUCUAGACCCCAUAGAUUUAAGAGGUUUUUUUUAUAUGGCUCGUGGAGGUUCUUUUUCAAUGAAAAAUAUUGAAUUUAGAAGUAAUAUAGUCCACCGAAAAGAAUUCAAUCUUGAAGUCGAAAGCGAACUUAGCACCGCAUCAUUGAUCACUGGAAAUUUUUCAAAAGCUGUUGAGAUAGAUUCAUGCACCUUUAUUUAUAAUUACUGCGAGCUUGGCUUGAUAAGCAUUAUAUCGAAUUUCUCUUCUGAUCCUGUUCAAAUAGACUAUAAAUUAGAAGUUAAGCAAUCUAAAAUAAACCAAGUACUAAUAAAAAACUCUCGUUUUGAGUCAAAUUAUGGAAAAAACGUUGGAAUCUUACUACUAGAGUUUUGAAAUCAAAACCAAAACGUUCUAAUUGAAAACUGCACCUUUGAUUCUAAUGGAGUGGAGAAUGGCGCAUUAAUAGACAUCCAGGGUGACUACGUAGAUGAAGAGUAUUUGAACGACAAAUAUUUGGACUAUAAAGUGCCGUCAAAUGGGGCUAUUAUCCAAGUGAAGUACGUUGCCAAGUGGCUAAAAAUCGAUGAUGUGAAGUUUAAUGAUAAUUACUGUGGAAAUUAUGGUUUAUUAAGCAUUGAAAGUAUGGGCAAUAUAAACAUGAACAAUACAUUAAUGCAAUCAAAUGGACUAAUUUCAGAUGGCAGUAAAAACAUAAAUUCAAUUUUUUUGGAUUUCUAUAUUUCGGAUCCAAACCUCUACCUCAAGCUUCAAAUGACAAACCCAGCAAGUUUAGACUGCAAGUUUCUAUCCUCAAUUUCUGAUUCUAUCAACCUUACAAUAUCGUCAACAAAUGUCAAGAAUAAUCAUUGUAAAAGCUCGACUCCUUCUAUUAUUGUUUCAAAUACAGCAAAUCCAGUCAUCAAUUCCUCUCAUUUUAAUAACAAUUCUGGUCAAAGCAGCAAUGGGGUUUGUUUAUUUUUCACAAAAGUCAGCUCAAUAUUUAUUUAUGGAUCAGAGUUCACAAGAAAUACGAACAAUCUUUUGAGUAGCCCAGGAGUGAUUAAUGUUGACAGCAAUUGUUAUCAGCUAUCAUUGAUUAACUGCAGUUUUAUUGAAAACAGCGCUGACUUAGGGAGUGCAUUAUAUUUUUUAGGUCAGGUAUUGUCAAUUGAGUCUACUGCCUUCGAUUCAAAUAUUUCUCCUUCACUUUCAAGAGGGGCUAUCUAUUACGCCUUAGCGAAAUUUCAAACAGAAUCCCAUAUAAUUUCAAUCUCGAACAGCAGAUUUACCAAAAAUAUUGGCUCAUUAGAAGGAGGAGCAAUAUACAUUAUAUGAAAAUUCUCUUCACAAAAGGUGCUGUCAUUUUACAUUCAUGAUUCAGAGUUUAGCUUUAACAAAGCUGAAUAUGGGUCAGCAAUUUACAUUGAUAGCACUCUUGCCUUAUCAGGUGACUCCCUAAUAGAAGGCUGCAUAUUUCAAGAAAACAAGGCGCGGGCUUCAGGCGUAAUUUCAGUUUUUUAUAUUUAUGGGAUUCUGCUAUUUGAUAAAUGUGAAUUUUUGAAGAAUUCAGGAAACACAGGUGCGGUACUUGAUAUCACAAUAGGAGAAAGCAGCAUAAGUUCUAUGUCCAAAGUCAUUCUAAAGUCUUGCAGCUUUAGGCUAAACGAAGGAAAUGCAAUAAUUUUAAUGCAAGACUCUAACACUUUUUCGCUCCUGGAAACACUUUACUGUGAAUUCAUCAGCAAUGUAGGGGUCACGUUUUCUCUUGAUUACGACUCACUAAGUGAUGUUGGCUCAACUAUUAAGAACAGUUUCUCUGAAUCUUCUGGAGCUGUUUUUGAUCUUAGAAACCAUGCGAAAAUUCAAUCUGAAGGCAUUUUUAUAUCCAACUGCACAACGCUAAAGAAUGGAGGAGUCGUCUCGAUGAGUUCAGAUUCCGAAUUUAUUUGCAGAUCGUGCUCCUUUAUUAAAAAUAAUGCUGGUCUGCUAGGAGGAGUUAUAUAUGCUGCUUCUAAUUCUUAUUUUGUUAUACAGGAUUCAAUUUUUAAGCAAAAUUCUUGCUCAAGCCAAGGGGCAGUUUUUUAUUUACUCCCCCGUGAGCUAACAAAAAAAUCUUGUUCGCAACGUAGAGGGGUUGAUUGAUUUUUUUUAAAAAUUUAUAUAUAAUUUUUUUCGAAAAUUAAAAAAAACCUAAUUCGCAAAAUUGGAAAUCAAAUAUUAAUUUAUUUAUAAAAUUUAUAUUUUAAAACGCAAUUUGUUUAAAAUUAAACAUAAUUAGCUAUAGAUUUCGCAAUAAUACUUAUCACUUAUAUAUCAAAAUUUUUCUAUUAAACAAAUUUUUGUUCGCUCGCGGAGGGCGGGUUUUUGGUCAAAAAAAUAGGGAUUUUUCAAAUGGUUUUGUCGCUUACGGAGGGGGAGUUAGUUAGUUUAGUAGCAUCUUCUUCAGUCAUCAGAAGGAGUGAAAUUGAAGAAAACUAUUCAUUAGCUGGUGGAAUCAUUUCUUUGUUGUCUGCAAGAAUAACUAUUGAUUCUACUACAAUUUUCAAUAAUGCGCCGAAUAAAGGUGGAGCAGAACUUUAUCUAACUCCUUCUAUCUGUGAGCGAACAAAACCAUUGAAAAUGCCUAUUUUUUGUCCAGAAACCCAUCCUCCAUGAGUGAAAAAAAAUUUUUUUUUAAUAGACAUAUUUUUUAAUAUAUAAGUGAUAAUUAUUAUAAGAAAUCUCGAGCUCAUUCUGUUUAAUUUUAAACAAAUUGCGUUUUUAAAAACAUAAUUUUACAAAUUAAAUUAAUAUUUGUUAUCCAAUUUUUUCGAAGUGGAUUUUUUAAAUUUCGAAAAAAAACCAUUUUUUCUAUAAAAAUGUAUUUUAAACCCCUCCGCGAGCGCGAACAAGUUUUUUUGUUAGCUCACGGAAGGGGGAGUAAGCAAUUCGGUAGCUACAAUAGCCAAUACAACUUUUUCAGAUCAUUUUGGCAGUCAAGGGCACUUUAUUAGCAUAAACACCUAUAGCCAAGCACUAAUUCAGGAUUCCUUUAUCUUGAAUGGAAAAUCUGCCUCCUCUGGUAUAGCAAUAUCUAUUACUGGAGGAACAGCCAUAAUUUCUAACACAGCCUUUCUAAAUCUGAGUUCAAGCGAUGGAGGUAUCAUAAGCUUAGAUGCAGGGAGUCUACUUAGACUCGACAAUUGCUCACUCCCCCCCUCCGUGAGUGAACAAAAAAAUUUUGUUCACUCACGGAGGGGGUUUAAUUUUUUUUUUUAAAAAAAUUUCUAUAUAAAAUUUUAUAAAAAAUAUGUUUUUUCGAAAUUUAAAAAAAUCCUAAUUCGCAAAAAUUGGGAAAGCAAAUAUUAAUUUAAUUUAUAAAAUUUAUGUUUUUAAAAAGCAAUUCGUUUUAAAAUUAAACAGAAUUAGCUCUAGAUUUCAUUAUACUAAUUAUCAUUUAUAUAUCAAAUUUUUUUUUUUCCAUAGAAAAUUUUUUCUAUUAAAAAAAAUUUAGUUCACUUACGGAGGGUGGGUUUUUGGGCAAAAAAAUAGCGAUUUUUCUAAUGGUUUUGUUCACUCACGGAGGCGGGGGGGAGUCAGUAUCUGCAGGUCCUUGCUCAGCUAUUGAUGCAACUAAUUGCGAUUUAUUUGUACAAGACACUGCAUUUCAGGAUUAUUCUGAAACUGCAAUACGUGGCCGCGAAUUAAAUUCUUUGCAGAUCUCAGAUUCUGUAUUUUCUGGAGGGCGUGGUCAAAAUGGAGGGGCCAUUUAUUGUUUAAGAUGCAAAGAAGUUGCUAUUCAAUCAUGCUUAUUUGAAAAUCACACCUCUGAAAAAGGAGGAGCCGUUUAUUUUGCCACUGAUACUGAUUUCUCUAUUGAUAACCAGCAUUUUAUAUUGCAAAGCACAUUUAAAAAUAAUACAUCGAGUAUAGGAGGAGCAGUAUGAGCAGAUAGCAUAAAUCUGGAGAUUUAUCGGUCAACCUUCGCUAAUAAUUCUGCUGUUUCUUUAGAACUUAAUGCUACUGAGCAAGGUGUUACAGAUGGAACUGGAGGUGCAGUCAACUUUAAUUGUAAAAAUUUGGGCGCCUGCUCUUUUAAUGUAUCUUUCUGCUCUUUUUACUGAAAUAGAGCUACAUAUAAUGGAGGUGCAAUCAAUUGAAACUAUGCAAAAUAUAUAUUUAAUGAAAAUACAUUUAUAAGCAAUUUUGCGGAAUACGGGGAUGAUAUGAGCUCUUUUCCUGUUGCUAUGGAGUAUGUAAAUGAAAACAGCACAAUUGAAGGUAAUGCUGGCACCAGGGAGCUUACUGCCGGCUUGACUUUAAACAAUAUUGCCUCAGGCCAAGAAAAUAAAUUUCCAAUAGCUUUUGCCUUACUCCCCCCCCCCCCCUCCGUGAGCGAACAAAACCAUUAGAAAAAUCACCAUUUUUUGACCAAAAACCCACCCUCCGUGAGUGAACAAAAAUUUUUUUAAUAGAAAAAAUUUUAAUGGAAAAAAAUUUUGAUAUAUAAGUGAUAAUUAGUAUAAUGAAAUCUAGAGCUAAUUCUGUUUAAUUUUAAACAAAUUGCGUUUUAAAACAUAAAUUUUUGCAAAUUAAAUUAAUAUUUGCUUCCCAAUUUUUGCAAAUUAGGAUUUUUUUUAAAUUUCGAAAAAAAUAUUUUUUAUAAAAUUUAUAUAUAAAUUUUUUUUUAAAAAAAAAAAAAUUAACCCCCCUCCGUGAGCGAACAAAAUUUUUUUGUUCGCUCACGGAGGAGGGGGGGGGGGGAGUUAGUAGAUCACUUAAAUCAAGUUAUCAAGACUGACAAUAUAAGCCAAGCUCAGCUACAAGUUGUAAACCCAUCUUCCACUCUUAUUUCUGGCUUAACAAUUGUUUAUGCAGUAAAGGGAGUAUUCAAUUUCACUGGCUACACAAUCACCUCAGAGCCGGGGUCUUCGUCUCAAAUUAGAGUUUACACUUCAGCAAUCCAAGAAAUAAAACUAGGCCCAAACAGCAGCAUUGAGUACUCCCCUAGCUUCUUCAUUGAUGUCAAUCUUAGGCUCUGCCAACUUGGAGAAGCCACUGUCAAUGGGACCUGCUAUUAUUGUAAGAAGCCUUACUACAGUUUGAAUCCGAACAACACUGCAUGCUUACGUUGUCCUUCAUCAGCCAUUUGCUACGACAAUUACACAAUGGUUCCGAAGAAAGGAUAUUGAAGAAAUAGCAUGAUGACGAGUAAAUUCUGAAAGUGCCCAUACUCAGAAGCUUGCCUGGGCUCUCCAGAUAUUCACAAUUUGUCUUAUACAGGAGUUUGCAAGGAGGGCUAUAAAGGGAAUAUGUGUCAGUCUUGUAAAGAUAAUUACUCAAGACUAUAUAAGAAUGAAUGCAUAAAAUGCCCUGGGAUCGCUAACAAUGUAUUUAGACUGCUUGGUUUCCUUGCUUUUAUUAUUGCUAUUCUGAUUAUAAUGAUCAAAACUGCAAGAAAUUCUGUGUACAGAUCACAAGCUUUUACUUCAGUCUAUAUUAGGAUAUUCUGAAAUUUCUUGCAGGUGCUGGUGAUAAUAACAACUUUCAAUUUAAACUGGCCCAAUGAAGUAAUAGAGUUUUUUCAUAUAAAUGAUAUUCUUGAUUAUGCUGGGCAGCUCUUAUACUCUUUAGAAUGCUUUUUGCAGCUCUCGGUAUCUCGAGAUGCUGUAUACUUUAAAAGAAUUGUUAUCUCAUCUGCAAUGCCUUUUUGCCUCGGGAUUUUCUGCUUUACUGGCUGAUUUCUUUGAAAGAUCAGGACUAAGAGAUUUCAUUAUAUCAUGGACGACUUUAUAUCGACUGCUGUCGUCAUGAUAUUCUUAAUCCAUCCGAGCUUGAUGCAUGACCUAUUUAGCAUUUAUAGCUGCAAAGAAAUAAAUCCAGGAGAAUUUUGGCUUAACGUGGAGCUUGAUAUAAGAUGUUGAACUCCCGAGCAUUCUUUUUAUGCUUUUAUCAUAGCAAUGCCAGCAAUAGUAAUAUGAGGAAUCGCAGUGCCUGCCUUAUGCCUUAUUAAUUUAGUCAGAAAUUGAGAGAAGCUUGACGAAGUGUGAAUAAAGUUGCGCUAUGGAUUUCUUUUCAAUGGCUAUAAAUCAAAUUACUAUUACUGAGAGUUUGUGCUCGUCUAUUCAAAAAUCAUUUUAGUAGCUUUUUCUGUUUUUUUAUCAAACGUAUCAAUAGCUGUUCAAGCUAUUGCUGUAGCCAUCUUAUUAUUUAUAUUUCUGCAAACCCAAUACAUAAACGAGCCAUUUAUUUUGCAGACUUUUAAUAGAAUGGAGUUUAUAUCAAAAUGCAUCUCACUACUUACUAUAUUUUCAGGUCUUUUCUUUUUAACAGGAGCUUUAAACUAUGCUGGGAAAAUUUUCCUUCUUGUGCUUUUGCUGCUAUCAAACAUAAUCUUUUUUCUCUGAUGUCUUUAUAAAUCCUCUCUUGAAGCUUUUAAAAUUAUAAAAAUUUUAAUUCUGGUCCUCAAACGAGGCAGAGUAGAGAUAGGAAUUGAGGAAAAUUAUGAGUCAAAUAUAGACUCUUCCAGCAUAGAAAAUUCUAAAAUUCAAGAUCAAAGCUAUUAUCUCGUGCCAAAUCAAACCAGAAUAGGUACUAAUACAGAAAACUUCGGCAAAUCUUUAAAUGAUCAGGAUAGCGUUGAUUGCGAAAAAGAUCCAUUUCCUUCAGAAGCAGGCAGUAUGUAA